AGAAGCAGGUCGACGGCUGCGCCUGCUUCCGCCGUUAACACCAGAGAGUCCGCAGCCCUCACGGUGGGAGGGGGUUGCCUGGUCGCUCAGCUGAGGUCCCCGCAGGAGAGGCUGGGAGUUGAGGGGUCCGGUUCACAGAAAACGAGGUUUCAGUCACUGGCUGCGGUAUUGGGAGUAAGGGCAUCAUGUUUGAUCAGCGAUUGAGCAUCUCUAGCGGUCCGUAAUUUUCGGUCUUUGGUUAGUAAUUAAGCGGGCCUGCCCCAAAUCACGAUUGCCGCCCGGUAUAGGUUGGUAUUUAGUGAUGCUGCUGGUAGUAGUGGACUCUGAGGAGGGUCAGCGACUGAUUGGGAAUUUGUGGGACUAGUGAUGGAGCGUGUCUUUGUGAUUCUGAGUCUCUCGAGUUGGGGUCACAUAGAAAUCAAUGGUUGGGCCCUGAAGACAGAUAUCCGUCUUUAGGGUUAUGUUAGGUCAAUGUGUGGGGGGCUGUAUUGGGCAGCUGUUAGGAGCCUGUGUGAUAGCUUAGGGAGCAGGUGGUUUGCGACUAGUGAUUGGGGCUCCAGCCCUGAAUUGUAACGGUUUGCAUUCAGGCUGCAUUCCACACGCAUAUUGUGCUGGGUUUUCUUGCAUGGGUUUAUGCCUGUAAGGAUGUGAGGGUCAGGGAGAGUUCCCAUCCUUCCCCCAAAGGUUUUGUUUCCACUCUUGGAUCUAUCUGGUCAAUAGACUUGAGGCAGUUUAUAUUCUCUGCUACUGUCUGGUAGCUAGCUAAGUACUUCAAGCCAAAGUCUUUCAAAAACCCUCUCUCAAAGCUCCUUUGCUUUCUCCCUGUCUUCUUUCAAUGCAUGUGCUCUCUCUGGACAGUUUCAACCACACUCAUUGCAUCACCUUCCACCUUGAAAGCCAUGACUUGCCAAUCUAUAGCACCAGCCUAGACAUUUCUAAUAAGCUCCAGAUUCACAGUAGCCAGCUGUCUCCUACACAUCUCUGUGGGGUUCACUCACAGAACCUCAAUCUUAACAUGAUAGAAAUAGAAUAUAUCUUAGUUCUCCAUACUUCACCUGCUCAUCCUACUAUGUUCAUCAUCAUGAAGAGUCACCCUUACUUCAGAUGGCCAUAGUAAAAAUCCUGUAGACAUCUAGUUUUCUCCCCAGCCUUCUUCUCCCCAUGUCCAAUCAAUCUUAUGAUCAUGGUGAUUUAGCCUCCCUGACAUCUCUCCAAUUUGUCCUCCCCGUUCCCACUGCUGUGGUCCUAGUUCAGACUGCAUCUUCCCUUGCCCUAAAUUUGUAUCAGGAAGCCCUUGUAGCAGAGUGUUGCAAACUAAGGGAAAGUCAGAGGAAGGAAUAGCUGAUUCUAUCCAGGAAAGGCUUUCUAGAGGAGGUGACAUUUGAACUGAGCCUAUACAUUUGAAGUGGUCCUAUAAGUCUAUUGAUGACAGUGACUGUUACAGCUUAUUAAAUGUAUCAAGCUAGUGAAUUGUGCCCUUUAGGACUUCAUUGAUAAGAGUUUGGGUUAAGAGGUCAGUAGGACAAUAGCUGCUAAAAAUAACAAUUUUUUUUAAUUUAAAAAGUAGCCGUUUAUUUUAGAAAAACUGGAAAAUGAAAAUGCUAAAUACAAGCCAAUAGAAAUCACUUUUAAUCCUACCACCAAAGGAUAAAUAUCUAAUUAUAGAUUUAUGGGGCCAAAGGAGGAGGAGAAACUUUUUAAAUGUAUAAAGGAAUACACAUUCACAAAGAUAUCUGUGCCUUCUGAAGAGCAACAGAAAAUGACCAAGUCUCAGAUUGAACAGGAACGUCCUGUACAGAGAUUUGUGUCAUUCAAGGAUGUGACUGUGGACUUCACUUGGGAGGAGUGGCAGCAGCUGGAUUCUGCUCAAAGAAAUCUGUACAGGGAUGUGAUGCUGGAGAACUAUAGCAACCUUGUCUCAGUGGGGUAUCAGUAUCUGAAGUCAGAUGUAGUCUUAUUGAAGCAAGGAGAACCAUGGAUGGAGGGGGGAGAAAUCUCAAAUUGGGCCUAUCCAGACUUUGAAACUGGAAUGAAAGAAUUAACAACACAGAAGAGCAUUUCUAAAGAAGUGGUACUCCAUCACAUGAUUGUAUACUCAACCUUUGAAGACUGGAAACUUGAAGAUGAGAUAAAUCACCAGGAAAACCAGGACAAUUUUUUGAACCAAGUUGCAUUCAUUAACAAUAAGCCCCUGACUGAGGAGAUAGAUUGUGAAUGUAACAGUGCACUGGGGAAAGGAAUUCAUCUGAACAGAACAUCUAGUGAACACAACAGAGCCUUCAUGCAAAAGCCACACCUUUUUGCACAGCCGAAAAUUCUAACCAGUGAGAAAUUAUAUAAAUGUGUUCAGUGUGGGAAAGCCUUCAGUGGAAAGUCAGGACUUAUUGUACAUCAGAGAAUUCAUACUGGAGAGAAACCAUACAAAUGUAAUGAAUGUGAAAAAGCCUUUAUUCAGAAGUCACAACUCACUGUACAUCAGAGAACUCAUACAGGAGAGAAACCCUAUGAAUGUAAUGAAUGUGGGAAAGCAUUCAUCCAGAAGUCAAACCUCAUUAUUCAUCAGAGGAUUCACACAGGGGAAAAACCAUAUGAAUGCAAUGAAUGUGGGAAAGCUUUCAUCAAGAAAUCAACACUUAGUGUUCAUCAAAGAGCUCAUACUGGGGAGAAACCAUAUGAAUGUAGUGACUGUGGGAAAGCCUUCAUCUGGCAGUCACAGCUCAUUGUACAUCAGAGAAUUCAUACUGGGGAGAAACCCCAUGGAUGUAAUGAAUGUGGAAAAGCCUUCAACAGGAAGUCAGAACUAAGUGUACAUCACAGAAUUCACACUGGGGAGAAACCCUUUGAGUGUAAUGAAUGUAAAAAAGCCUUCAUUCAAAAGUCAGAUCUCAUUGUACAUCAGAGAACUCACACUGGGGACAAAAGGUAUCAAUGCAAUGAUUGUGGGAAAGCCUUCAUCCGGAGCUCACAGUUCAUUGAACAUCAGAGAAUUCAUACUGGGGAGAAACCCUAUGAAUGCAGUGAAUGCAGAAAAGCUUUUAUCCAGAAAUCACAACUCAUUGUGCAUCAAAGAAUCCAUACUGGGAUGAAGCCAUACGAAUGCAUUGAGUGUGGAAAAGCCUUUAGUAAGAAGUCACACCUCACUGUGCAUCAUAGAAUACAUACUGGAGAAAAACCCUAUGAAUGUAGUAAUUAGAAACAUGAAUGGAAAUGUGGUAAAUCCUUCAGCCGGACCACUAAUCUUAUUCAACAUCAAAGAAUACACACUGAAGAGAAGCCUGAUGAAUGUAAUGAAUGUGGAAAAGCUUUUAGUCAGAGCACUAAUCUUAUUCAACAUCAAAGAGUCCAUACUGGUGAGAAACCUUAUGAGUGUAAUGAAUGUGAAAAAACAUUUAGUUAUAGGUCAUCCCUUAGAAAUCAUGAGAGAAUUCAUACCAGAGAAAAACCCUAUCCUUGUCAUGAAUGUGGGAAGGCUUUUAGCCAUAUUUCAGCCCAUACUCAACAUCACAGAAUUCAUACUGGAAAGAAACCAUAUGCGUGUACUGAAUGUAGGAAAACUUUCAGCUGGAGCACACAUCUUAUUGAACAUCAGGGAAUUCAUUCUGGGGAAAAAUCCUACCAAUGUAAGGAAUGUCGCAAAGUUUUUUGCCAUAGCACAUCACUAAUCCAACAUCAGAGAACUCACACAGGAGAAAAGCCCUAUAAAUGUAAUGAAUGUGGAACAGCCUUCAGUCAUACCCCAGCCUUCAUUCAACAUCAGAGAAUUCAUAUGGGAGAGAAUCCCUAUGAAUGUAAUGAAUGUGGAAAGGCCUUCAAUUGGAGCGCACAUCUUACUCAACACCAGAGAACUCAUACUGGAGAGAAACCUUAUGUUUGUAAGGAAUGUGGAAAGACCUUCAGCCGAAGAACACACCUUACUGAACAUCUAAAAAUUCAUUCUGGGGAGAAACCCUAUCGAUAUAAUCUAUGUCAAAAACUAGUUUGCUAUAGAACAUCAUUAAUUCGACAUCAGAGAACUCAUACAGGAGAGAAACCCUACUGAUGUAAUGAAUGUGGGAAAUCUUUCGGCUUAAGCUCAGCCCUUACUAAACAUAAGCGAACACACACAGGGAAGAAACCUUAUCAAUGUAAUAAAUGUAGUGAUGUUUUUUGUCAUAGUACAUAUUUAAUUUGAUACCAAAGAAUUCAUUUUAGAAAUGAAAUCUUAUCAGAGUAAUGAAUUUGGGAAAGCCUGCAGCCAUAUGUCAUCACAUAUACCUGAGCACUCAGUGGUAAAUUGUUAUGCAAGAAAAACUUUAGGUAAAAUGCUCAUUUACUCAAUAUUAUGUUUGUAUGGAGAAAAAACACUAUUUUUGUAAUUCUGAAAAAAAAGUGUUAUCAUUGAGAGAAAAACUUAUAAUGGAA